ACCCAUCUUGGGAUUUUUUCCAACAAUUAAUGCAUUUCCUGCCCCUCAAUUUACAACUCUCUCGUCUUCUACCACACCUUCUUCAAUUCUCUUCCUCCUCAAUCCCUCUCUCUACCAUUAAAUUAAGCUUUAAAGCAAACCCAUCUCUCUCUCUCUCUCUUUGAGUUGUUGUUUAUAUAUAAAUAUAUGUGUAAAUGGCCUUUGAGCAUCUAAACCAACAAACCCAUCUCACUGGCGGUGGUGCUGUUCUUGAUCACCUCCUAAUUAUCUCUUUCUUUCUCUUGUUCUUGAUCAAGAUUUGCAAAUCUCAAGGUUUUGUAUUUCAUCUACAGUUGACUUUGUACCACCAAGAGGAAAACUCAAAGUAUUAUUGAGUUUAAAAGCAUGAGUCGAAGAAACGGUAGAGGUGGUGAUCGGAAGCUUGACUUGAAGCUGAAUUUGUCACCGCCAACCGCUAACCGGCAGACCGAAGAAUUACCAACUCGAUCAGCCACCAUGUCUCCAACAAGCUCUUGUGUGUCAUCGGAGGCUGAGCUCCGGUACUCAAGUAGCCCGGAGGCAACAUCCAUGAUGUUGGUUGGAUGCCCAAGGUGCUUGAUGUACGUUAUGCUUGCUGAGGAGUACCCUAAGUGCCCUAAAUGCAAGAGCACCGUUUUGCUUGAUGUCCUUCAUGACAACUCCACCAAGAAAACAAGAAAGACUUGAAUACUUCAAUGAAUGAAGAGGGUGAAAAAACUUUAUAAUUUAGCACUUAGUAUUGUUAGUAGGGUUUUUAUUUUAUUUUAUUUUUAAAUUUUAAUCCUUUACUAUUAUGGAUAAUGUUAUUUACACUCUGUUUGACUUUACCGUUGCUUAUGAGUGGAGUUUAAAUGACAAUACCCUUUUUACCCUUA